GCUUGGUCUUAACGAGACAAAGUAGAUAUUGGGGACGAACAACUUCAAUAUUUCUAUCCAAUGCAAUAUUACAUGAAAACGGCGAAAUGUUUGCACCCAUCUCUGGGCUCUGCUCCUAUUCGUCCAGCGCCGCACCACGUGGUCAGGCAGUCACGCGCUUUCCAGCAACCCGUCAGGAAGAAGAAAAACAAAACAAACCCGAGAUAUAGCUGUAACAGCGUGCGGACUCCAUUGGAAAGAGGGUCCUGUUUUCCCAACGGGAGGACAUACACGAGGUCCAAAACCAAGCGAGACGCAUGCAUGUGCGUCCUGAAACUAUCAGAUAAUACUGCAACCCCAGCUGAUGCUGCAAAGAAGACAGCGCUGUUGUCCAAGUCCAUUUUGAGAUCGUAAGCAGCAGCUUGUGCGAACUUGACAUCGACACAGGAAACGGUGCAUCUGUAGAGAGACUGCAUCAUAACCCCACAUGUCAGAACCUGAAGCAUACGGAGAACCACACCAGACCACAACAGAUCAGACCAGACCAGGUUGAGCCUAAAUAUUGACACCAUCCCUCUCCCCUUACCCCUCACCCUCAGCCUUGCAGGCUGCAUCCACCAGAUCGUCUCUUUUAAGCAGUAAUUUAUUGCUGCAGAUAGGACAACCUCGGACCACUGGGACUGCACAGGAGACCCAGAGGUUCCCCUAGCUAGAGCUGUUUGCUGUGCCCUGCAAUGCCUCAGCCUAGCGUCAGUGGGAUGGAACCUCCAUUUGCUGACGCCUUUCAGAACUACUCCUUUGCUGACCAGGCCCUCACCAGCACUGAGCUGCUCGCCACCAGCUCUGACCCAGAUUUCAUGUAUGAACUUGACAGAGACAUAACCCACCGGCAGAGCCCCUGUCGGGACAGCAUCAUGGGGGACGGAGGCAAGGAAGUGGAGGGCUGUGUGGAUCAGCUCAUGGGUCUGAACGAGUGUGAGACAGUCUGCAGCAGCUCAGCGUUUGAACAGUGGGACUCCUACUGGGAAGAUGUCACCAGAUACACACGGCUGGCCAGCUGCGACAUCUGGGGCACCAAAGAGGUAGAUUUCCUUGGAUUAGAUGAUUUCUCUAGUCCCUACCAGGACGAGGAAGUGAUUGGAAGAACCCCGACUCUGGCUCAGCUCAACAGCGAGGAUUCGAUGCCUGUGUGUGAGGCGCUCUACCCCCCUGCUGACCUGAUGCUGUCUGCCCCUCAGCCGGCCCUGCCUCCCGGUCACAGUAGGAGAGUCCUGGUCCCUGGCUCUGCACGGCCCUCCCUGAGCUCCACAUCCUCUUCCCGUCCUUCCCGCAGCUUUCUCCCAGACUUCCCUGAAACCUCAAAAAAAGCCACCCGACCCGUCCCCUCCAGUACUGAGACUAUGGCCAAGACCCAGAAUCUCCUCAGUCUCACGCAGGACUACGGCCAAGCAGAAACCAAGACCCUAGGGCGAGGAACCAAGAUGGCAGCCCCGACUUCUUACGGCACUGACUUUGUGCGGAAGGCUAAAGUCCGUGUGAGCGCUGUGCAUAGAACUCAGCCCAACACGCCCUCCCAGAUGGAUUUUGAGAAAUCAGAUCCACCUCUACCUGUCUCCCAGCCACAAGACGAGAAUGCCUGCACUUCAGCGAGCAACACCUUGGUGGUAAUUCCUGUUGCUGCAGCCAGUAGCUCUGCCAGCCUGACGAGCUUUGAGAGGCGGGCAGGGGGGACAGGAAAGGAGACACUUGUUGGCUGGUCUGCCACCGUGCCUCUGCUGGUGGAGGCGAGCCAGGCCAUGGAGGGCAGCACCUCUGAGCUGGGCAGCACCGACGAUUGUGUGGCAGGGGCUAGCGGCGGUCCAGAUGUCGAGGGCACGGAGAAGAGCAAGGAGGAGGAGCACAACUACUCUCUCUUCCUGACCCGCAACAGGCUGGCCGGCAGAGCCCACUCCCAGCUUGAAGAGGAGGAGGAGGAGGAGGAGGAAGAGGAGGAAGAGGAAGAGGAGGAAGACGAGGAAGAUGCGGAGGAGGAGGAAGGCGAGGGGCUUGAGGUGGAUGACGAAGACCACGAUGAGGGUUUUGGCAGCGAGCACGAGCUGUCUGAGAAUGAGGAGGAUGAGGAUGAGGAGGAGGAGGAGGAUGAAGACUACGAAGCCGACAAGGAUGACGACAUGAGUGAUGCCUUCUCAGAGCCAGGCUGUGACAUGGAGCUAAUGGAUGACAUAAAAGGCCUGACAGCAGGAGUCUCCAGCCGGAAGAGAGGCAAGCGUCGCUACUUCUGGGAGUACAGCGAGCAGCUCACCCCCUCCAAACAGGAACGUAUGCUUAAGCCGUCUGAGUGGGACAGACACACGCUGCCUAGCAACCUGUACCAGAAGAACGGGCCUCUCCAUGGAAAGUAUAUGCUGAAGAAAUCUCGCCGCACCGACGUGGAAGACCUGACUCCCAAUCCACGCAAGCUGCUGCAGAUCGGCACCGAGCUCCGUAAACUGAACAAGGUGAUCAGCGACUUGACGCCCGUCAGUGAACUGCCGCUGACCGCACGACCACGGUCACGCAAGGAGAAGAACAAGCUGGCAUCCAGAGCUUGUCGUUUAAAAAAGAAGGCCCAGUAUGAAGCAAACAAGGUGAAGCUCUGGGGACUCAGCACGGAGUACGAUCGGCUGCUCUUCGUGAUCAAUGCCAUCAAGGAGGAGAUAGUUGCCCGAGUGGAGGACUCUUCUCCCCGUCCAACCAACAUGGCUGACACUCUGGAGAAUCUCAUCCAGGAGACACUUGUGGCACCACCUGUUGCUGGGCAGACUUCAGAUUUUGUCAACAAGAUCUUGGAGAACACAGGACGGGGUGAUCCAACCGGCGGGCUGGUCGGCCUGCGAGUCCCAACCUCCAAAAUCUAGACAAACUGCGGUCCACUGAGAGGAGUGGUAUUACCACCGUGCGGUCCCAUUGUAACUAUGCUCCCCUCUGCAUGCCCCCUCCAGCCCAGAGUACAUACACAUUGUUAGUCACACAAACACACAUACCACUCCCUGUGUGUAUGUAUGUGUGUUUGUUUAAGCCAUGCACCUGUAUGGCAUACACCCUAGCUUACUGUCUAUGCACACUGUGUGCAGAGUCAGUGUGUCACUGUCUCCCAACCCAUUGUCAGCAUCUGUUGGGAAAAGCGCCUCUUAAAGCAAGUGAUGGUUAGGUGUAUAGCUAAUAGCACGUCCGAAAUCCACUGGUGACUAUUAGAUGUGUUUAACAUAGUGUUGUGUAGGGUCGGUUUUGUCGGAGGUCUGCCUCCGGGGCGGACACAGAGACAGUCACACGAGUGUAACCACUGGAAUACUUUCACACAGUUUAUUUGAGGUUGUAAUGAUAGAGGAAUAAUUGUUACACAUCAGACACCAUCAAAGGCUGGAAAAAGUUCCGGUUAUCAUUUCCUAGAAGAGUCUCACCUUACAUGGCAACACAAAAUGAACCCACUCCAAUAAAAAGUACUUUGACGAAAACAGCUGUGGUUGCCAAGACGGCUACAGAGUGAAAAAAAGAAGAGUGCUCCGAGGCGUUUUGGGGUGGCAGGAAGUAUUUUGUAUUGAAGGCCUGAAUAUGUUCAUGCCAUCCCCUGUUUGCCAAUCAAGUCAGCUGGUGUUAAAAUAUAGGAGUUCACUUUUAGCUAAAUAAAGCUGGAAACAAAAAAGCAAUAGAAGCUUAAAGUCAAAAUUAGACUUUAAAGAUUAAGCGACAGCCAUCCUGCUGGGCUGAAGUUUGUGGAAAGCAGGAGGAAGCUUAAUGCCUCAUUUUGACUACGUUAACUUAAAACAGCAGGAGGUGGUUGACCAUGUGGAGAGGAAGUGCAUGUAGUUUGGUGCUUUUGGCCUUGUGCUGGUUAUAACUGGACUAGGUGAAACGGGCAUUUUGCCAGAAUGGGAGCAGACUGUGAGGAAGAUGAUGGUGGUGAUGGAGGUGAUAAAGAUGACAAACAGUGAUCCAUCUCCUCUAGGAAACUGUACAUAAAAGUGUCUCCCAGUGAAAAACGGCACUGGCUCCCCUUUUUGUACAGUAGAGAUGACCAGGUGUGCUCAUACUAGUGUUUGAUCAGAGUUCUAUUCAUUGUGCCUUGUGUAUGUAUGUGUGUGUUUCUGUAAGUCUGAGUGAGUGCAUGAGAGGAGCUGAACGAGACGAUGUGAUUGGUCAUAACUCCCUGAGGUCCAGCCAAGGAGAGGACAGCUUUACAAUGAGGGAGAUUGGUAGCGAAUGCGAGGAGGGAGACAACUGUGUGUUUUGUUGUGUAUUUCAGUUGUAAAGAGAUAUUCUGAAUGUACAAAAUUUAAGUGGAAGCUCUUGUUGCGUCAUGCCACAGAGUCUGUGUAUAUAGGAGGGCUCUGCAAUGGAUUACUUUUGUGUUUUGGUACUCUGUCUUUAGGGAUGGGGGGUGGGGUUAACAGAUAUUUUUGUUUAGAGUUACAAAAAAAUAUUUGCACACUAUAUUUUGAUUGUUUUUUGUACCAAAGACACAUGCAACGAAAUGGCGACCAGCCAGUUAAAGUAAGGUUUUGCACAGCUUACCUGACGCCGUAUUGAAUGUAAGAAAUGUGGGAAGGUCAGGGAACUUCAUAGAACUGUGAAAUUAGCUUGGGUCCAAUUCUGUACAGAAAAGGAACAUUCAGUCAUUUUUUUAAGAAUUUGAAAAUGAUCUCCAUCUGUGGGCUUCUCCUGUAGAUGUGUUGCAGCAAGCACUUCAUUCCUGAACUUUUUCCUCCCUCCACAUGCUAAUUGUUUUUGUGGCGCUAUCUAGGACAAAAACCAAGAGCGCUAGUAGAUAAGCUAUGUUACAUUUUUCUUUGUCAAAAUGUCACCAACAAUAACCAAAAUGUUUUGUUCCUGGUGUCACUUGUUGGAUUUCUGUAUCUAGAUGAGGUCUAGUCCAUCAACAAAAUAUUAACUGAAUUGUGUUUUAAAGUACUGUAUAUAGAAACAUUAAUUCUAUAUCUAUCAAUGGUGAAAUGCCACUUUUCAUGACAAUUGAUUCAUUUUUAAGCAUGACACAUUUCUAAAUCCUAUCCUAUCCACCGAGAAAGUAAAAAAAAAAGAAAAAACACAAAAAAAGUGUAUUGUUAUAUUUUUGUACUUUAGCUGCCUGCUAUCUUUCCUGUUGGGUUGGAAGUAGCCCUGUUAGUGGAAAGAAGGCAAUGGGGAGGAAAAGAGGAGAAGGUCUUAAAGAGUAGCCAGUUGGUCUGAUAGUUUGAUAUUUAAACUGGCACCUGACCCUUUUGGUAUCAUUUACUGGCUGAGGGAUUUACAGAGAAUCAGGACUGGAUUUAUUUGAAACAAUGCAGCAAAGCCAUGGUCUAGUUUGAGUGGUCUACAAAGAGAAUGGGGGCAUGCUGUCCUUAGCAAAGACAGUGGCAUGUCCAGGAAAGAAAGAAACUCAGAGGACAACAGUGUGGAGAUGUGAAGGCAGUUGCUGUAUGAAAGACAAAGAAAUUUUAGUGUUUCCCAGAUUGAUCUGGAUUCAGCACUGUGCAUUGUGAUACCAAUUAUCACACAUAUUCCCUCUUUGACCAUGAAAUCGGUUGAAUUUUGCAUUUCCUGGGACUGGCUUUGCUGCCUUUGAGGUUGCAUUGCUGAUAUAUUUCUGCCUGGCCUUACCUUCGGUCCUCAGCUCACAUCCUUCCUGACCAGUUGCAGAGAAUAACUUUCUUCACCAAAACACGCAGUUACAAUAUUCAGGCCACAGAUUGGUAGCAUGUCCAACUUUUUGAAAUGCAUGAUGCCCGUGUGCUUUCCUUCCUGCUGCCUCCUAAGAGGAAAUGCAGCCAUUCCCAGGAAUUUCAAAAUUCAACGAGAGUUCUCUCUGUUAGCAGGCGAAUACAACAAAAAAUAUAUGUUUGACAAGGCUGAAUUCAGGUUAGUUUGAAGUAAAGAAAUAACUCCUUCACAGAAUGAACUCUGAUGUAUGGUGUUGGCGAUGCAGCGCUGUGGUCUCUCUAUAUUCUGUGAUUGAAUAACAGCUAGUGCUGCAUAUAUAUAUUUUUUACUGAUUUCUGUUCCGUCUAAAAAGGGAGAAAUGGUGCUUUUUUCUGAAACUAAAAUGAUGAGUAUCCAUGAUUCUUAUUUGACUACUCAGUGCUAGUUGUAGCCUAAUGACUUGCUCUCCCCUACCGUCCAUAGCUAUUUUCUUAGUAGUGAUUCCUUUUUUGUAAAUAGACUAUAAGUUGAUAUGUACCUUCUAAAUGUUAGAUAUGUGUAUAGAGUACUCUAUCUUAUAUGUUUGAAAAACAAAAGCACUUUGUCCAAAAAAGGAAAAAAAAAACAACAAAAAGAAAGCAUUUUUUUCUUCCAUUUGCUGCUAAAAAGGCCUGGUGUGAAUGCUGCAAGUGUACUUUGAUGACUACUUGCGAGGAUAGGUCUAUUACCUGACUUGGCUAGGUCUAUAAACUAGCAGGGAAUAGGUGUACGGCCUGACAAGGGUUAGGUCAACAUGUUUCUGGAGCCAUGUAAUGAUAUAAGAUGCUGUAUGAGCAUGUAUCAUUGCUUGGCUUUGGGAAGCCCAGAUAGGAUAGAUCUAUUCCCUGGUCAAGAACCGUGUGGAUAAUGUGUUUGUGGUCUUAAAAAAAAAUAGAGGGUUUUGAUUCCAGGGCCCCUACAAUGAUCCUGACCCCCUUGGCGUCAUGAUUAAUUUGCCUUCAGUAGAGGUUUCCUAUGGAAAAAUUGAUUCUGCUUUGGCUUCCUCUUCAGGGUGAUGUACAGUAUAGACACAUUUCUCCAGAGAGCUAUAUUGUUAUCAUUUGUAAACUGAUUUCUACUUGUGACUUAAUGAGGAGGGGGUUUAGCCCAGGGUGGCCAGGAAGAGCCCGUUUGAAAGAUGCUGAUCCGGGCCGCCUUGGGGGAAGUUACUAUAUCACUGUACUGUAUGGCAAGCCAGUUACAAAUGGAGACUCAAUCCGGACACUUAUUGCCUUUUUGAACUUUUCACUUACACACAAAACAAAAAUAAUAACUUGGCAGACAUGUCAGUUGCCAAGGGUUGUGCCUGAGGUUUAUGACAUAGUCCUGCCAAUAUAUUGUCAACAACAACAACAACAACAACAACAACAACAACAAAACUGUUCAGCCUGAUUUGCUCAAAACAACCUUGACUGAAGUAGCAGACGUGGUGAAAUAAGUCUUAAAAAAUGGCUUCAAAAAUUUGAACUCCUUGUGCUCAGUUAUAUCUUUUGGGGCAACAUUUGAAGCAAUUUUUAACUACAAUUUUGCCCAGGUCUGAUGGGGGGUCAACGGUGGUUGAAUAGCCGCUAGUUGGCCAUUGACCAGCUGAGCAGAGUGUGUGUGUGUGUGUGUGUUUUGUAGACGAUCACGAAGCUGAUUCAAGAUAGAGUCCUCACAGGUUUUUACAUUUAACAUGAUAGGUGCAAGCUGUGCAACUUUACAUUUAGACCAGGAGACUCUGUGGCAUUUUAACAGUCAAGGAAAUGAGUGAAAAUCCUCGCCAGUAAAACUAUUCCUUAUUCUUUUUAUUUCUGAUGAUAUAAAUCCUAUACAGUCAACUAUUAAGCUAAUAGAGUGUGUAACCUUGUGCUCCUCUUGUCCAAUAAAAGCUUAAGUGGAUCCAUAAAGCUCUUCUUCAGCAAAUCAGGGUAAUAUCGUUCUUCUAUCUGACAUAUGUGAUGACGUAUAAAAUCUAAAGAAAAUAUAUUUAUGUAUUCCAAUUAUUGUCGCCAUUCUUUACUCUGUACAAAAUAUUUUGUGUGUGUGUGUGUGUGUUAUGAACUGUCAAUGUCAAUCAAUAUAGUGCAAUGCUCGCUACACAAACUGAAAAAAGGCCAACAGACUUGCCACAAUAAUUCACAAAGUUCUCCGCUUUCUCCAGAUCGGUAUUCAAACAUACACAACCUGCAACAUUUUCCUUUCACAAAAGAUUUGACCGCCGUAAUCAAACUGGGGUUUGUCACAUGGUGCUGAUAACAUUUCCAAGAAAUCGUCCGAAAAUGAUUAUCCACUCACAAGGAUAACAGGUGAUUCAUGUUCUCAAUAACUGUCAUCAGACCAGACUUCCCCUCCUGAUCAUUUGCAUUGAACUGUCACUGUUGGACCAAUCAGAAGAAUAUUGUUACCCUGAACAACAGCAGAAUGGUGAUUUCUGUAUUAUUGAGCUGUAUGGUUGUUAUUGUUAGGUAUACCAUUAUUUCUUAUGUAAAAGUCAGACUCCUUGAUUUGAUACCAUUGCCCAAAGUCACAGAGGAUCUUUAUUCCCUCUGAGAGGUGCAAAACAUUCACGAGAACUUCAAAUAAAUGCAUAUUUUUUGGUGUAUAAGGACAUUGCUUUUGCUGAUUUAACUUCUAGGGGGAAUUUCCUUCUAAUGUUAAUAUAUUGGCGUUAUGUAUUCAUGAACAAUCUCA